AUGUGGAACGCCUGUAGUCAAGUCUGCAAGGCUCCGAUACAGAUCAACUCCAUGUCACCUGGUAGCAGGGACCUGUCAGAUGUGGACUGCAUUAUAAUAGAUGUGGACUAUGUGCUCUGUACCUGGGCUGGACAGGGAACUCCAGAGGUCAAUUACACCUUCCUCAGCUGGUUUGGUAAAAACCCACAGCCAAACAAGUGUGACACCUACAUCUCAGAGAAUGGUACUAACACGGGAUGCAAGCAGCCCUAUGACAACCUAAAAAUUAAAAUGUUUCAAACGCUUCACACAAAGCUGAAGUAUGGAAACGUACGGUUGCACAGCUGCUAUACCGGCGAGGAGUGUAUCCAUGAAACGCUGAAAUAUGGACACAGCUGUCGAUACUCCAAACUACAGGCAGCGGGCCCGAAACAGCCCGCGAUGGGUGUUUAUAGUGAGAAGGUCUGCAGCCUCGUUGUCCAGCACCAGCUGCUGGAAAAAACAUCUCAGUCUCUCAAUAUACUCCUCCAUGGCAUUGCCGCCGGAGCCUUCAUCAAACUCUCCUAUGCGACCCAGCGUGGUCAUGUGAAGCUGAAUCCCCCGACUAAUGUAACUUCUGAGAUUGGAUCAGAGUCCAACUUGUGGUUCUAUUGGAACCACAGUUUUGAAGAUUGUGCGGCGUGUCAGGUCCGCUACUGGACCAAUAACAACAACUGGGAGAUGUCAACCCUCAGUUAUCGGAAGCACAAUUACUGUAUCAACUUGCCCUCCAGAACAUCCCGCUAUGAGCUGCAAGUAAGGAGCACUGUUGGAGAGUUAUGUGCCAAGUCUAUUUAUUGGAGUGACUGGAGUCAGCCUGUCUUCUGGGGGCCCGUGAGCAAAAACCACACGCUCAAUAGACCAGACUCUCUGCUGCUCUCUCUGUUGGGGGCCAUCACCCCUUUUGUUCUGCUGGUCAUGGUCACAACAGUGUACCGUGAAAGGAUCAAAGUCAUCCUCCUCCCUGUUUUCCCUAACCCAUCUGAGAAGUUCAAGUUUAAUGAGUUUCAGAUCCAUGACAAUGUAGAGGAGUGGCUUCACAUCUCCAAAGGCCUGAAGGAGGGGUUGAAACCCAACUUCAAUGAGCACAUCUGUUCUGUUCGUGAGUACAACCUCGGGCCCGACUCUGCCAGCGAGUGCUCAGACAGCUCUUCUUCCUCUGUCGCCACCGACCAAACCAACUGCUCCAUCUCCAUGGAGUCAAAUGAAUCAGAUUGCCUGUCGCUUUCCUGCUCCUCCUCGGCCUCCACUCUUCCUUUCUCCUCUGAGGAGGGGCAGAAUACUGUUUAG